AUGGCUUUGACGAGUGUGCGCUCUCAGGGUGCGAUAUUGCGCCAUGUCCGAGUUGGCUUACUCGUCGACGAGUCCUUCUCACUCUGCCCCGCACUACUUUCCCGUCGUGCUACACAUUUAGAUCGCGUAAGGGGUUUCGCACACCGUCUCUACUAUGGCAACGGCGCCGUCACCGGGGCCAAAGUCCAAAGGGCCGGAUCAACCAUCAAUAUCCACGACCAUCGCGGCGUAAUCCUCUGCGCAGCCGGCUUCGCCCGCAACGCAUCCAUGCGCACAACCCACGGCCACGCCCCCUCAAGCACAGACUGGACCAUGACGCAGCCACGUGGCGACACCGGCGACGCCAUCAACAUAGCCACUCAGCUCGGCGCCGCGACAGCCCUCCUCGACGACUCGUGGUGGAUUCCAGCACUGCAAGACCCCGUCGAUGGCAAGACCAGUUUCGCCGUGUUCGAGAUGAGCAAGCCGUACGCGAUCGUCGUCGAUGCCUCCGGGUCGCGGUUCUUCGCCGAGGCUAUGCCGUACGCCGAUGCGGGACACUCUAUCUACAGGCACGACGCGGUGGUGUCUGCGAUCCCGGCUUGGCUUGUCGUGGACGCGAAGCAUCGCCGUCGUUACACGUUUGGUACGCUGCCACCGCGGGUGGAACCGACGGAUGCGUUGAGGGAUGGACGGAUGGUCAAGGCCAAGACGCUGGAUGAAUUGGCGCGGCAGAUGGGCGUGGGUGCACCGGGGUUGGUGAAGACGGUCGAGCGCUGGAACGGGAUGUGCUCCAAGGGCGUUGAUGAGGACUUUGGCAAGGGUGGCGACGCGUAUCAGCGGUACCUGGGCGAUCCCAAUGUCAGGCCGAACCCCAACAUGGGGCCGCUUGACCAGCCGCCCUUCUAUGCCACCAAGGUCUUUCCUGGCGAUGUCGGAACCAAGGGCGGGUUGCUGACGGAUGAGUUUGCUCGCGUACUGAGGGAGGAUGGCGCUCCAAUCCCGGGUCUCUAUGCCGCGGGCAAUACGUCCGCGGCUGUCAUGGGGCAUUGCUAUUGCGGCGCCGGGGCGACGAUUGGGCCCGCGAUGACGUUUGGGUUCAUUGCUGGUCGUCAUAUGGGCGAGCACAAGGCUCAUGAAUGA